AUGGAGCAGUCGAGCACCCCUUUGACAAUGUCAAAAUACUACCAUGCCGUCUUUCGGCCCGUCAUCAUGCAAGUCUUGCGCGCUCAAGGCUUCUACAGCAGCCAACCCGGCGUCGUCGAUUUCUUGACCGAGCUUGCUGCCCAGUACAUGGUCAAGAUGGGAGAGCAGACGCGGCUGAAUGCUGAACACAACCACCCAUGGACUCCAGACCCUUCUGUCACCGAUGUGCGCCAGGCCAUGGAGUUCGUUGGUGCGUUCGAGCGCAUAGACUCCCUCGAGAAGGACGAGGGCGAGCUUGACUCAGAACUCAAGGGCAUCGAGGCCUUCAGGCAAUGGUUCGAUGGACCCAAGGCCGAGAAGAUCAACCGUGUGGCCGAGGCUUUCCAGCAGCUUGCCCAGACUCUAGAGCCCACGGACGGCAUGAAGGUCGAGAAGCCUCCCCGGGAUUACCUGAGCUUGCUCAAACUGAAGCAUAGCAAGAAUGACCAGGACUCGAAGUACGCUGGCACGGUUCUGGGCAAAAGUACCGAUCACGGCGAGGUGGUAGUGGAGGGUGGACCAUACGCAAGCGCUGCCGAAUGGGCCAAGAUGAUGCAUGAGCGGAAUCAGCGUCCACCUUCACCUGACCUGGACUCGCGACCUCCCAGCUCCGGUCUGAGUUCGCUUGACGAUGGCGACGUUGAGAUGAUGGAGCUCUGA